GAUGUGUCACGGGUGGAGGUGGGGUGAGUGUCCUUAUAAACUCCAGUGUUCCUCUCCUCACUGCACUCCCACACGAAACAUGACGGACUAUGAGGCUGCCACAGCCUUCCUCGGGGAGUGGGGACCUUUCCAGCUGCAGGUGUUUUUCCUCCUCUGUUUAAUCAUACUCUUACACGGACUCACCGUACUCUCCUUCGUGUUUUUCAGUGACACACCGCGCCACCGGUGCAUCAUUCCCACACACUCCAACCUCACUGCUGCCUGGAGGAACAUCAGCAUCCCACUGGAGGAGGACAGUCAGACCGGAGAUCUGGUGCCCAGCAAGUGUUCCAGAUACAAACUAGAUCUGAUCCAGAAUUUCUCAGACAGAGGACUGAUCCCUGGUGUUGAUGUGAACCUUUCCAAUGUGCAGCAAGAAUGCUGUCUGGACGGCUGGGAAUACGACCACAGCAUCUACAUUUCUACCACUGUGUCAGAGUGGGACCUGGUAUGUGAUGAGAGUUGGAAAGUACCGCUGACAUCUUCCCUCUUCUACUGUGGCAUUUUCAUUGGUGCCUUAAUUUCAGGACAGCUCUCUGACAGGUACGGAAGGAAACCAGUUUUGUUUGGUUUCAUGGCAGGACAAAGCGUGUUCUACCUCAUCCAAGCCUUUGCUCCAUCCUGGCCUGUAUUCUGCUUUCUGUACUUCAUCGUGGGGUUCGGACAAACCUCUAAAUAUAUGAUUUCAUUUGUGCUAGGAACAGAGAUAUUAAACACACAGGCUCAAAAAGUUUUUUCCACCGCUGGAACAUGUUUGUUCUUUUCGCUUGGCUACAUGCUGCUGCCGCUGUUUGCGUUCUUGAUCAGAGACUGGAGGAUGCUGCUCCUCGGCCUCAUGCUGCCUACCUUCCCGUCUUUGCUUUGCUGGUGGUUCAUCCCAGAAUCUCCUCGAUGGCUGGUCUCUCAGGGAAGACGAGAAGAAGCUGAAGACAUUUUAAGAAGUGCCGCUAAGAAGAACAAAGUUGAGGCACCGCUCACGAUUUUUAGUCCUUUGCAGACAAAUCUUCAAACUGAGGAAAAGCAAGCCAACAACAUUUGUGACCUGUGUAGUUCUAGUAACAUCAGUUGGAUUUCUGUUACACUGUGGUUGAUCUGGGGUAGUGUGGCUCUCUCAUACUAUGGGCUUUCCCUGAACACUUCGAACCUUCAUGGUAACAUCUUCUUCAACUGUUUCAUGUCAGCUCUGGUUGAGAUACCUGCUGACAUUUUAUCAUGGAUAAUGUUUCGCUGGUGUUCAAGACGACUGACUCUCUCAGCCACCAUCACCAUGUCAGGAUUGUUUCUCUUCAUCAUACAGUUAAUACCUGCAAGUCUGAUUUCCCUUGCUAUAGCACUUGAGAUGAUGGGGAAGUUUGCCAUGACAACAGCGUUUUCCAUUUUAUGUGCAUACACAGUCGAACUCUACCCAACUGUGCUGAGGACGACAGCUGUAGGUGCCUGCUGCAUGGCUUCCAGGAUAGGCAGCAUAGCUGCCCCAUACAUCAUCUUCUUAAGAAAUUAUUCUGUCUCGCUGCCCUACAUCCUGAUCGGCAGCCUUACAGUUCUGUCAGGGUUGCUGACUCUCCUGCUGCCUGAAACCUUUGGAAUGCCACUGCUAGAGACCAUUAGUCACAUGCAACAGUUUCCCAGCUGUUCCAAGAAAAGACCUUACAAAACCACUCAGACCACAGAUGAUGAAGAGAUGUCUUCAGUGAGCAAGAAGGAGAACACAACUUUGAGUUGAGGCCAAUCGCUGGACGAACACCAUGUCUGCAUUUCUGCUAAAUGGUCCAAUAUCAGCAAUUUGAAGAGAGGAAGGAAACGGAUGUUAAUUAACAUUAAUCUUUGAAAAUUUUUUUCCUCCUCUUUU